CUCCAACAUUCCUUCCAGCAUCGCAGGAAAUCGACUGUUUGCAUAGCUACAAGAAUAAUUGACUAGCGACUGGCUACCUGUUGCGCAUUACGCCUCUUUUCAAAUCGCUCUCUCCGUCCUUGAGCGCCAUUUCGACCUCAGAACCACCCUCUCAUCCAUCCGUGUGUAGCGCAGAGCGCCAAUCCAAGCCACAUGGCUGCCGCUUCUUCCUCCUCGAGCGACAGCAGUUCGAGCAGAUCAACCUCUCCCGAGCCCGAAAACACGCAAAAGAAGGCCGUCAAGGCGGCGACGAAAACAAAAGACGAAGUUGAGGAUGAGUCGUCAGAGUCCACGGAUUCUUCAGAUUCGUCCGACUCGGACUCUAGCUCUGAUUCUGGGUCAGAGUCUGAGAGCGAGUCUGGAAGCUCAAGUGAGAUGGACACAAGCGAAGACGCUACAGAGGCACGGUCUGCAGCAAAGAAGGUUCACAUUCCUGGUCCAAACCAGCCAUACAAGCCACCCUUCGGGUUCAAGUCCGCAAAGAAGCAAAAUCCGCCAUCCUCGAGCACAUCCUCCGUUCUUUCCAAUCUCCGCGGCAAACAGGUUUUCCAUAUCACCGCUCCGUCGUUCCUCCCGUUGUCCAAGGUCAAGGAGAUUACCAUGUCCAAGGUUCUGAAGGGCGAGCCGAUCCUGGCAUACGACGGCAAAAACUACGGAAUUCCCGCCGAUUCCAUCAACGAUAACGACCCGGAGGGCAAGACUUUGCUUGUGUACGAUGAGAGCACUGAAACGUAUUGCAACAAGUCCGACCACAUUCAAAGCUUCCACGUACAGGAACUGAUCGGUCUGCCGGAGAAGGCUGCUAAGUCCACUGCUGCAACGAUCGAGAAAUUGCGGGAUUUCGUCAAGCCGCCCCGCCCUCAACCAAAGGGUAUGAAGAUGCGCUUCCGUCCCGUCGGCAGCUUGCCCAGCGAGCCAGAAACUCUUGGAGUGAGCUCGGAGUCGGAGUCUGAGGAGCCUCAGAUCAAGGCCCCCGCGCGUAGCAAGCGGAAGCACCCUCACACCGAAGGAGAUGCUACUCAGGCGAGUGCUGAGCCCCGGAAGAAGUCCAAGAAACACACACAAGAGAACGCCGAUGAUGAGGAGCGGAGUCAAAAGAAGUCGAAGAAGUCUCACAAGGACCGCGAGGAGAAGAAGCGGAAAAAGUCCGAAAAGGCAUAAGUUGGCGUUAUGGGUUUGUUUAGCAAAAAGAUAUCUUCGUUCUAUGAUCUACAGGACAAUUUCGAUGUACAAUUUUACCAUGUUGAGGACCGACUUACAUUGUUCCAAAUUGGAAUACCUUUCCAUCUACUCAAAGGACAACAUCGAUUGGAACAUUUAGCAUUUGUGGCCUUUUUCAUUAGAGUCUUUCCG